AUGGUUGACAAAGAGAUAAAAUUGUUCGUCCAAGAAUUUGAGACUAGUCGAAACGAUCGCGAAUCGGAAGAUCUCAAAAGAUGCAUCGCUUACGCACAAGAUGCACCGGAUAAAUACGAAAGUGGCAUUUCAUCUUUAAACAAAAAGUUGAAUGACGUGUCAGAAAAAUUUUCCUACGUCUUUUUAUUAAAGUUGUUCUCUAAUUUUCCAAAAGUAAAAGAGUCCAAACCAGUCUUCGAAAACCUAUUGGCUGAAUUGACCGAGCUAAAAAAGCAAAGGAGAGACUUGGAAGAUCCGUAUUUUAUGGAACGCCGAGAAUUCUUAAAAGAACAAGAACGCGCAAAGGACAUGUUGGACGAAGAGUUCAAGAUCAAAGAGCAGGAGCUAGUGAAUAAAUAUCGUUUGAUGAUGGAAAAAGAGUUAAGGGGUACUUACGACCCUAUAGGUGGUCAAAUGUGA